UUGCGCUGAUUCAGCUUUCCCAGCAGGCUGUGCGGGGAGGGGUCACGUGACAGCUGUCUGCAUUUGGAAGAUGCGGGGUAGCUCCGUAUAACCUUGAACGGCAGAGUUCUGGUUUGUGGAUUCAGGUUCACGCCAUGGCGAACCAUCUAAGAUUUAUUGCCCGCACGGUGAUGGUGCAGAAUGGAAAUGUGGACGCGGCUUACAACACGCUGAACAGAAUCCUCACCACGGAAGGGAUUGUAGAUAAAGCCAGGAGGGGACGUUAUUACGAGAAGCCGUGCAUCCAGAGAAGGAGGAUCAAAUAUGAGACCUGUAAACGCAUCUACAACUCUGAAAUGAACCGAAAAAUAGCGUUCCUGUCACGGAAGACUCGAGAGGACCCCUGGCCGGGGUGCUAGGACUUGCAUUCUGUUUCUUGAAUUUCGACACAAGACUGUAUUUCAUCUUCUGAUUCUGCGUUAUGUUUCAUCUUCAGGCUGGCUCCACAGCUGUCCGCUGCGGUGUGGUGAUGUAACGCAUGUACGUUACAGAGGCCCACCACAAUACAAUGC